GAAGGGAAAGGAACCUCCAGGACCCAGACCCGUCCCUAUUCUGUGAAAUCUGUUACAGUUGGACCUCAAUAGGCUCUGUGAGGGGCUUUGUGAGAAUGCAGAAUGGUGCUGCAUUUGAUACCUCCCAACCAAUGAAUUAUGCCGUCUCCAACAUUAUAUCUGCCAUUGUGUAUGGAAACCGCUUUGAUUAUGCAGACCCUAAGUUUAAGGACCGUGUCAACAGAGCCAAUGAAAGUGUUGCAGUCACUGGCUAUGCAUCAAUACAGGUUUAUAACAUCUUUCAUUGGCUGCGUCAUUUUCUCUGGAGCUGGAGACGUCUGAUGAAGAAUGUGUAUGAUGAAUUUGAGGAGAUUAGACACCUGGCCAGGAGACGGCAAGAGAGUUUGGACCCUCAAGACUGCCAGGGCUUCAUUGAUUCCUUCCUGAUCCGGAAAGAGAGUGCUGAGGUACUGACCAGUUUAUAUGGGCUAUCAUUCACUGAGGAAUCAAUCUUGUUUGUGUGCGUGCGCCUGUUUGCGGCCGGCACAGACACCACGGGGGCUACACUGUGCUGGGGGCUAUUGCUUAUGGCCAAGUACCCUCAAAUCCAAGACCGAAUGCAGGAGGAGAUUGACCGGGUGAUCGGUGGGCGACAGCCUGUGGCUGAGGACAGGAGGAGCCUCCCCUACACCAACGCUGUGAUCCACGAGACCCAGAGAGUCGCCAACAUCGUGCCCAUGAGUAUACCUCACUCCACCAGCUGUGAUGUCCACUUCCAGGGAUACUUCAUCAAGAAGGUAGGUUUUAACUAUAUGCAUGUGACGAUAAACUUCCUUGUAUCCUUGUUGAGGGAUGAAGCUGAGUGGGAGAAGCCCUCUUCAUUUCACCCAGAGCAUUUCCUGGACGACAAGGGGCAGUUUGUCAAAAGAGAUGCUUUCUUGCCUUUUUCAGCAGGGCGUAGGGUGUGUCUGGGCGAGAGUCUGGCCAGGAUGGAGCUCUUCCUCUUCUUCACCACUCCUCUCCUGCACUUUCACUUCACGCCGCCCCCUGGAGUUUCGGAGGACGAGCUGGACCUGACACCCGCCGUAGGAUUUACCCUCACCCCCUCCCCCCACAAGCUGUGUGCAGUUCCAAGGGGCUAUAGUUAUGACAUGGCAGGAGACUCCGAAUGAAGUGAUGAGUUGAGGAGACUGGAGUCUAUGGACA